AUGUGGCUGGGGGUCACAGUUCUGGUUUCUCUUGCCGUGAGUUUGGCUGUGGAGGAAGCAACUGAUGAAGGAAUACCUUGUUCCAAGUACCAGCAAGCUUUCAACCAUUCAUGCUAUGAGUUUGUUAGACUCCAGCAAACCUUCGCAGGUGCCCAGAGCUGGUGUGAGAGAGGAGGAGGGCAUCUUGUCUUUAUUCAAAAUGAAGAAACUCAGGAGUUCUUGCAAAAACAUAUUGCUGAGGAUCAGGAAUGGUGGAUAGGACUGAUCUCAAACUCCUUGCUGAAUGAAACUGCUGAUGGGUCAAUAACUUGGCUGGACACUUCAAACAUAAUCUACAGUAACUGGUACAAGGAUCAGCCAUCUCCCUUCUCAUCCAUGUGUGGGUACAUCCUGAAGAAUGCCAAGUAUCAGUGGGGUGUGACUGAAAAUUGCAGUCAGGAAUUUGACUUCAUUUGUGAGUUUGAAUCUGGCCAGAGCAUCGCUUGUGAUAAUUACAAUGCCACUGUACAGUGUGGAUCAGGAGAAGUGAUUCAAAUUGAAGAGAGCUUCUAUGGGAGGAAGACCCCUCACUACUGUGUGUCAGAGACUCCUCUGCAGCUUGGCAGAGGUGAAGGCUGCAGCUGGCUCAGCAUCAAGGAUGAAGUAGCAGGCCAGUGUCACGGGCUGCAGGCCUGCCAGGUGGCAGCAGAUGGCACUUUCUUUGGAGAUCCUUGUCCAGCUUUGGGAAGCUAUUUGUCUAUUCAAUACCACUGCAAGGAAGGUCUGCAGCUGGUUAUGAAAGACACAUGUUUUGUCUUUGAAAAUAUCACAGUCACUUUGAUCUGGCUGCUCUCACCGUACUCUGGGAACCUUUCCUGUACCAUUAGCACUGGAGAUGGUCACACCAUUGAUCCUUACUACCCUCUAACACUGGUCAGCAACCUCACAUACAGGUACUCUUCUCCUGGGGAGUUUACUGUUUUUGUGGAGUGCACCACCAGUGAGUGGCACGUGAUGGCACAGAGGCAGGUGACAGUUCAAGACCAGGAGGAUCAGCUCAGCAUUACCGGGUGCUACAGCCAGUUUGAAGCAGGGAACAGCUCCUGCUGCCGAACGCUGUAUGGGGAGGUGCUGUGGAUCCAAGUUCAGCUCAGUGGAGGCAAUGGAGUAACCUACAGUGUGUUAGCAGAUAACAUGACACUGAGUGAAUCCAGUGCAAAGGAAGGUCUUGUCCCCCACAACCUGACACUCAGCGGGGCCUCUCAAGAGUUGAUAGGCCCAGGGAUGCAUCAGCUGGAAAUCCGAGCAUCCAGGAGCACGAUGGCAUCGGAGAUCUCUGGGACUAUUGCUGUUCAUUUAAUUGAGCCAGUAUCAGGAAUUCAGGCUGCAGUAGCUUCCCACACUCUGCAGCUGGGGGAGGAUUUGGAGGUGAAUGUCUCUGUGUCCCACGGUGCCCCAGAGAAGCUGAUGUUUGAGCUGAUUGGAUCCAACCAAACGCAGUGCCACGAAGCAGAGGGCCCUCGUGGGGAGCUGCGGGCAUACGGUGUUCCCGUGCCCUGGGAAGGUACUUUUGUAGUGAAAGUGGUGGCCAUGAAUGCCUUCUCGAACAUGAGUCUGGAUCUUGGAUCCAUCACUGUGUUGGCAAACAGCUCCCAUAAAAAAGAUUCUGAUAAGGAAGAAGGCAGCUACAAAACAAAUACCCCAAAGAAAAAUGAUCACAAAAUAUAUAUUAAACCGAGUCGCCAUGUGGAUCCUUUCACAACUGUUACACUUGGCUGGCCAGACAACAACAAUAAUUCCAGUUUUCUCUGGACCUGCGGAGCUUGCUGGCCUGCCUGGAAUGAAUGUGUGAAGCAACAGAUAAUCCUAGUCAACAAAAGUGAGGUGCAAAUCCCACCUUCCUGCCUUCCUCCUCCAAAAUCUGCAGUGACUGUCAGGAUUACCAUCCAAAACCAUGGCAGUGAAGAGAGGCAGGAUGAGCAAUGUCUCUAUGUGACUGCAAAACAAGAGCUGCAACUGGAAAUCAGGUGUGAGGCAAACUGCAAGCCAGUGAAUGUUAGUGAUGAAGUUGUUUUGAGUGUCUCUGGACAGGAGGACUCCCAGGCCAUAUAUUAUAACUGGUAUUUAGAUAACACAUUCCAAAACAAGUCUACAACCCUCCCUCUAGCCUGUGGCCUGAGCGGUUUCCAGCAAAACUCUUUGAAUUUGCUUCAAAGCAACUCAUCCAUGUUGAGAAUGACCAGCUCCUUCUUGCAGACACAGGGAGAAGCUUUUCAGAUUAAAGUAACAGGCACGACUCAGCGAGGCUACGGGGAGCGAUGGCUCCUGCUGAGCACCGUGCCCCCGCCCGCAGCCCCCGGCUGUGCCCUGAGCCCCGGGCACGGCUCGGUGCUCACCGCCUUCAGAGUCUCCUGCAGCGCUCCCGGCUCGGGAGGGCCGGGCCGGGCCAGUCCUAGCAGGCAGCUCACCUAUUGCUUCUAUGUGACACCAGAUUCUCUCCUGGAUUGUAGCCCGGAUCCUGAACUCUUCCCAGUUUAUCUUCCACUUGGAGAAGAGGAAAAUAAUUUUAUUUUACAUGUGAAAAUUAUUGUUAGCAACAACUUUGGUGAUACAGUUCAAACAAAUGCUUCAGUGAAGGUUGGACCUGCAGAUAUGAUGGAUGGGAACCUAACCCUGCAGGCUGUGGUAUCUGAGAAGGCAAACACCAUCCUAAAAGAAGGGAACAGCAGCAUGAAUCUUUUCCAGCUGUACAAGUCAGUGACAUCUGUCCUUAAUCAGCCGAUCCAAGAGGAAAGGUUUAACAUGUCUUUACAGACAAACACACGAAAAGAGCUCCGAGGGCUGAUGCUGACAACUCUCUCUGUUGUUAACAUAACAUCAAUGCAGACUGCUCUGAAGAUGUCAGAGGUAUUGAAAGAAAUCACUUACAGGAGUGAAGAGCUGUCUGUCUCAGCACAGGUGGAAGCCAGCAACACUCUGAAACAUGUCAGUGCCUCCUUGCUAGCCAUAAACACAGAGCACAGCAGAGGGGGUCAGGAGUUAAAGGAAGCAGCCAACUAUCUGUUUAAUGCAGUGAGCAGUGUCCUUAAAGCUUCUGUAGAAAUCAGAGCUGGGAACACUUCAGUGCCAGAGGCAAAACAGAGUUCAGUGUCACACCAGCUCCUGAGUACAGUUGAAAAUCUCCAGAGUGCCCUUCUGUUUGGGAAGGCACCAGGUGAUGAGCCAACAGUCCUCACCUCUUCUUCUGCUACCAUGUAUAUGCACAGGUUACAAACAGAAAACAUGGAUAGCACAUCCAUUAACAUCUCCAAUUCCAGCUCUGCCAGCUUUACCCUCCCACCUGCUUCCUCUCUCAAUAUUUCAGGAGUCAAUGGUGAAACAGUGGAUAUAAGGAUGGUGAGCUUUGCCAUGAAUCCCUUUUUCUCCAGUGACAGCAGUUUUGACAUCAGUGGAACAGUGGGAGGUCUAAGUCUAACUGGUCUGGAUGGUUUGAUCAUACCAGUCAGCAACCUCAAAGAGAACAUUGAGAUCAUGUUGCCAAGGCUUUCAGCAACUCAGGAAGAUAAGAUUCUGUUGAAUCUGGGCAAUUAUAGCACUUUUCAAGUCAAUGUUACCUCAGAAAACACAUCUAUAGUGAUCCACCUGGAAUCUGAACACGACAUUCCACUAAUACUUUAUCUGGGGUAUGAUUAUCACCCAAAUGAAACUAACUAUGAUAUGAAAAAUCAUCUGUUCUAUAAGAAAACUUCUGGAGGUGAGACGAACAGCUGGGUUCUCAGCCCAGAAGAACUCAUUUUUGGAGGGGGAACCUACUAUUUCAUGGUUUCACAAGAUAUGGGAAUGGAUUCAACAGUCUACGAGGGGCUAACCAUAAAUGUCACUUGCUUUGCAUCCCGCUGUGUAUUUUGGGAUGAGCACCAGGGAGGCUGGAACAGCUAUGGAUGUCAUGUAGGACCAAAAACAAAUCCUAGCAGCACACAGUGCCUCUGCAACCAUCUGACCUUCUUUGGGAGCUCCUUCUUUGUCAUACCCAAUGCCAUAGAUGUCAGCAAAACAGCACAGCUGUUUGGUACAUUCGUGGACAAUCCUGUGGUGGUGACAACUGUAGGAUGCAUCUUUCUGAUAUAUGUGCUUGUAGUUAUUUGGGCUCGAAGGAAAGACAUCCAGGAUGAUGCCAAAGUGAAAAUCACAGUCCUGGAAGACAAUGACCCCUUUGCUCAGUAUCGUUACCUUGUGACAGUUUUCACAGGACACCGCCGCGGCGCAGCCACAACCUCCAAGGUGACUCUCACCCUCUAUGGACUGGAUGGAGAGAGUGAGCCCCACCAUCUAAAUGAUCCUGAUACACCAGUCUUUGAACGCGGAGGAGUGGAUGUUUUCCUCCUCUGUACCUUCUUUCCUCUUGGGGAACUGCAGAGUAUUAGAUUGUGGCAUGAUAAUUCAGGGGACAGUCCGUCCUGGUAUGUGAAUCGAGUAUUAGUCCAUGACCUGGCAUGGGAUCAGAAAUGGUACUUCCUGUGCAACUCUUGGCUAGCCAUUGAUAUUGGAGAAUGUGUCCUUGAUAAAGUGUUCCCAGUAGCAACAGAACAGGACAUGAAGCAGUUCAGCAAUCUGUUUUUCAUGAAGACCUCCAAGGGUUUCCAGGAUGGGCACAUCUGGUACUCAGUUUUCAGCCGCUCCCCUCGAAGCUCCUUCACGCGAGCCCAGCGUGUGUCCUGCUGCUUCUCACUGCUCCUCUGCACCAUGCUGACCAGCAUCAUGUUCUGGGGUGUGCCAAAGGAUCCUGCUGAGCAGAAAAUGGAUUUGGGUAAGAUCGAAUUCACGUGGCAGGAAGUGAUGAUUGGCUUUGAGAGCUCCCUCCUCAUGUUCCCCAUCAACCUGCUCAUUGUGCAGAUCUUCAGGAAUACACGACCCCGGCCAGCCCAGCAGGGCAGAGAGAAGAAGCCGGGAAAGAAUGGCCGAGUGUCCCCAAGCCUGCCUCCCACCCCAGGGGCCACCCAGGCUGCCUCUCUCACUCCGGAGGCUGUGACAAAGGAUAUAAGAAGAAUUGCCAACUCCCUCUUUAAAGCCCUGAAGACUCCAUCUCUCACCUCAACAUCAGACCUUGAAAAAUCAGCUAAUAUCAACACGCUCCUGUCAUUGAUUGAGGAUGUCAUCUGUCAGCAGAACAGAGCUGGGCAAGGGUUUCAUGAUGAGAGCAAGAAGGAUGGCCCUAUCAUUGUCACACUGGGUGCUGUGGAUAUCCAAGAAAAAACAAGAAGUCCAACUCCAGAGAAGAGAAUUUGUGACCAGCUGAAAUACAAUGAUUACCAUCGCUGCUUGUACAUGCAACUCCAGCAUGUAGAGAUGGAGCUGGAAUUACUGGGGCCCCAUAAAUUUCAGAGGCCUCAGAGUUACACACAAGCUGUUUGUCAGGUUCAGCAUAUGAAGAACCUCCUGGAGAACCAAAUCUUCUCAUCAGCAUCCAUCAGUGAGGGGUGGUCCCACACUCCAAACUUGUCCAGUGAUGACAAGAAAAGUUCUCCCAGAGGGCUGCCCUGGUGGUUUGUGUUCAUUGCUUGGUUCCUUGUGGCAGCCACCAGCAGUGUGUCCGGGUUCUUCACCAUGCUCUACGGACUCCAUUACGGCAAGGAGAACUCCAUCAAGUGGCUCAUCUCCAUGGUCAUCUCCUUCCUGGAAAGUCUUUUCAUCACACAGCCCUUAAAGGUGCUGGGAUUUGCUGCUUUUUUUGCUCUGGUUCUGAAGAAGGUGGAACAUGAGGAUGAAGAAAACACAGCUAUUGAUGGGCCUUUAUCUGCACCAGGUGAUUCACACUCUCUCUUCGGGGUCCGAAGGUACAGUAGAAGCAACAUUUACCGACCACCUCCUGCUGCUGAUGUGGAGAAAAUGAAAAUCAGCUACAUGAAGGAGCAGAAAGCAUUCGCCCUCAUCAGAGAAAUCCUGGCCUAUCUGGGGUUUUUAUGGAUGCUGUUACUGGUUGCCUAUGGGCAGAGAGAUCCCAAUUCCUACUAUUUGAACAAACACAUUGAGGACAGCUUUACAGAUGGAUUCCACGAUGUCUACAGUUACCAGGAUUUUUUCACGUGGGCGAACACUACUUUACUCAAAAAUCUUUAUGGAUCUUAUAAAGGAUUCAUUACAGAUGGCAAUUCCAAGCUGGUGGGUAGUGCUCGAAUUCGCCAAGUAAGAGUGAAAGGAGACACCUGCCCUAUCUCUCCCAGACUCCAGCACGUAGUUGAGGAAUGCCACGCUCCAUACUCCCUACAAACAGAAGAUACAUCAGUUUAUGGGGAGCACUGGAAUACCUCAGCCCUUGAUAACUCCUCUGCCUUGAGUUCAGCAUGGCAGUAUCAGAGUCAGUCCAAACUGAGAGGACACCCCAGCUGGGGUAAACUUGCCAUCUACAGCGGAGGAGGAUAUGUGAUUCACCUGGGAACUGACCCUAAAAAUGCCUCCAGAAUUCUCCAGUACCUUUUCAACAAUGUCUGGCUCGACACCUUCACAAGAGCAGUGUUUGUUGAAUUUACAGUCUACAAUGCCAACGUGAACCUGUUCUGCAUUAUAAGCCUGAUGUUUGAAAGCAAUGCUUUAGGGGCCUUCUUCACAAGUGCAGAGCUGCAAAGUGUCCGGCUGUACCCCUACACCGACAGCCUCCACAUCUUUGUGGUUGCAGCAGAAGUCAUUUAUUUCCUCUUCAUUGUGUACUACAUGAUAGUACAGGGAAAGCUGCUGAAGAGUCUGAGAUGGAGAUACUUCCAUAGCAAGUGGAAUCUCCUGGAGAUGGCCAUUAUAUUGAUUAGCUGGAGUGCUCUGUCAGUGUUUGUGAAACGGACGGUGCUUGGGACCAGGGACAUCAGCUACUACCAGGAACACAAGGAGGACUCCAUAAGCUUCAGUGAAACAGCAAGAGCUGAUGCAGUUCUUGGCUACCUGAUUGCAUUCCUGGUGCUUCUCUCCACAGUGAAACUGUGGCAUCUGCUGAGGCUCAAUCCUAAACUGAACAUGAUCACUUCAACACUAAGGAGGGCAUGGGGUGAUAUCUCUGGAUUCAUCACUGUUAUUGCAAUCAUGUUCCUUGCCUAUUCCAUUGCUGCAAACCUGAUAUUUGGCUGGAAGCUCUACUCUUACAAAACUCUCCUUGAUUCGGCAGAGACCAUGGUCAGUCUUCAGCUGGGAAUCUUCAACUACGAGGAGGUCUUGGACUACAAUCCAAUUUUAGGCUCCUUCUUAAUUGGAUCCUGCAUCAUUUUUAUGACAUUUGUGGUACUGAAUCUGUUCAUUUCGGUGAUUCUGGUUGCUUUUAGUGAGGAGCAGAAGCAUUACCAGGGUUCAGAAGAAGAGGAGAUUGUUGAUCUAAUGCUAAUGAAACUCUUCAAUUUCUUUGGGAUAAAAUGCAAGAAGGAAGAGAAGCCGGUCACUGGGGAACAACUGGAGCAACCUGUCAGCGAGUGAAGGAAGACCACCUUGAAAAGUCACUUUGCUUGUGGGCAAAUUAUUUACUUGUUUGGUGUCAGCUGCAGUGUUUAGAGUUAGGUUAGGCUAUAGGCUUAGGUUAUUACAACUUCUGAUUAAAAUGGGUUUACCCAAGGGAAUGGCUGGAGCUGUGUCAGGGGAGGUUUGUGCUGGAUGUUAGGAAAAGGUUCUUUCACCCAGAGGGUAUUCGGGCACUGAACAGGCUCCCCAGGGAAUGGGCACGGCCCCAAGCCUAAGAGAGCUCAAUGAAGCAUUAGGACAACGCUCUCAGGCCCACGCGGGAUUGUUGGGGUGUCUCUGCAGGGCCAGGAGUUGGACUUCGAUCCUUGUGGGUCCCUUCCAACUCAGCCUGUUCCGCGAUUCUGGGAAAACAACGCGGUGUUCACCCCUAAAGAGCUGCCGGCACUAUUCUGGAGUAAUAGCUAAGAAAUAGCGGUAACCCUAAGGCGAAACGUCCCACGUGCACUUGCUGUAGACUUGGCCCCUGUAUUUAUCUAAUAAACACCGAGCGGCUGUCGCACUGUGUGACCAACUCCUGUCUGCCUCCGCCGCG